AGCUACUUUCGAAAUGUGUAGAUUUUGUUUGGUCCAUGGUCGCUAGUUCAGCGGCUCCGUCUGCAACCCAUGGUGAAUGGGGCUGUGUCCAGCAGAAGCCGGAAGGUGGCCUGGGAUUUGGCGUGCGCUACGCCAAAUGUCCUGCCAGUUGCAGAUGGAAGGAUACUCACAGCCCUCGGUGACGGCGGGUUGCAGUACCUUUUCGGAGGUGUCAAAGCUGCGGUGGGUAUCAAGGGCGGAUGCUACAUGUUUGAGAUCACCAUCCUUGAGCUCCUCGACCCAGUAGAAGGCACAGCACCGCGGGGGGCGCCGGCAUCGCGGCAGCUCCUGAGAGUCGGCUUCACCACCUCAGAGGCUGGCGUGUUGAUGGACAACUCCGCCAAGGAUCAGGUCUUUCUUGACAGCCUCGGGGAGUUGUCCUUUCCGGGCACCAAAAGCCAAGUGCUCUCUCGAAAACUUGGCAGAGACGAGGUUGUGGCACUGGUGCUGAACCUGGACGAGGACAGUCCUGAGGCCAACACGCUGAGCAUUUUUCGGCGCGGAGAGCGUGCAUGCGAGCCCCAGAAGCUCCCCGAGUCUUUGCAUGGCAAGACAUUGUUUCCCACGGUCACGUUCAAGAACAUGACCCUGGACGUGAACUUCGGUCCCUCGCCACAGUGCAGCAUCGAGUGCAAAUGCACCAUGCUGCAGGAGGCUGCAGAUGCCGACAUGGAGAAUGUGGACCUCGCGCCCGAUGGCAAGCCAGAGGUGAUUUUCCCCCUGGGCUUGCCGGACCACGGGCUCUUCGACUGGGUCGACGAGUUUCUCAAGGAGAAUCCGAGGAUCGUUGAGCUGAGCGAGAGGAGAGCUGUUGCUUGGGCUGAGAAGAGCGGCAUACCUCAGGGUCCUCAUCAGCAGAAGUCGCAAGACAGGCCGAAGACCAACUUUGGCAUUCCGCUUCUAGACGAUGGCAGCACGCACCAAGCGCUGUCACUGGCUGCGCCCGCCAUUAGGCGAGACUUUUUGGUCCUGGAGCUCAACAACAACCUCCGGGCCAAGGAGCGAAGAAGAGCGUUGGCGAGGUUUCCGGCUUCCGACUUCAAGCGCGUAGCUGUGGUUGCCAUGGGAGAGCCCUUGCCGGAGUACAAGGCCAGAGUGCACGAGUUGCUCUUGGCCGAGAAGGCGGUGGCCAGAGAGAGGGAGAAGCGAAGGAACUCAGAGGUUCUCAAGCGAAGAAACCGCAAAGACCCAGAGGAAGCCAAGGCUGAAAAUGGUGAGAAGGCUGCAGGUGAGGAGCCAGCCGCCGACUCUGAGAUGAAGGACUCUGAGGAGCCUAAGGCUGAGGAGGACCUUGAGCAAGAGGAGCCUCUUGAGCUGAACGAAGAGGAGAAGACUCAGUGGUUCCGGAAAUUGAGCCCGCCGGAUUUGUCUUCGAGCACGCUUGCCAAAAGCUUUGCAGACUACAGCGUUCCAGCUGAAGACGAAGGCUUUGACGAGAUCAGGUACGUUUGGCAAUCUAAAGAGGAGUGCCACAAGAUCAUGAGCGACUGGGUGUUGGAGCACAAGAAGACCAUGCGGAUAGAGGAUCUCAUUGCGUCGAGCUGGUUUAGAGAGAGGUUGGAGAGUUGGCAAAAGCAGCUGACGGAGUGGAAAAAGAAGCAAAGCGAGAUCCGCGAGGCUAUAAAGAGAGGUGAGUUCAAGAAAAGACGGAAAGAGGAAAAGGAAAAGCCGGACGAAGAGAAGGGCGAGGAAGAUGCAGAAAUGAAAGAAGUGAAAGAAGUGAACGAAGGUGAAGAGAAGGAUGCCAAAGAAACCAAGGAUGAGGAAGAGCUCAAUGAUGACGACAUCGAUGUUUUCAAGGUCGAAAACGUGAUGGACAUCGGAGAUGGCCGACCGCUUUUCCUCGGCUUUGUAUACGAGGAUUGGGUUUUGCUGAACUUGCGAUAUGAGUUGCAUCUGUUGGUUCACGCCUUCAGACAUGACGUCGCAGAUGAUGACAGGCCAAGCUUUCCUGAUGUCCACCUGGAGUUCUACUUCCAGAAGUACUAUAGAAAGGCGCUGAACCUGAAGUUCUUUGGCGUGGACUCCAACGACAACUUAGUAGCCUUGAUCAAGGACACCAUCUUGAUCAAUCAGCAGUCCAGAUUUUUGGAAGCGUUGCUUCCGGACGAGGAGCCGCUGGACAAGUUCGCGCGCCUCGCGGAGGAGCACCGGAGGGAGCGGCAACGAUGUAUCGAUGCCGGCGAUGAGACGGCUGUCCUGAAAUUCGCCCGACCAGCACCGCCCCCGCCAGCGAGAGCGAAUGACUAUGUCGAUCCCAAAGGCAAAGGCGGCAAGAAGGGCAAGUUCGAGGGCAAAGGCAAGAGCCGCGACCGGCCCGUGCCAGCGCCGGAGAAAGGUUCGCGAGGGAAGGGGCCGAGGGACGGCAAGACCGGCCACCCUCGUCCACCCCUGCCACCGCAAAGUCACAGCGGUGGCCGGACUGCUGGCUACUCGCGAGACACCACCAGGCCAAGCGGGCGCCAGGAAUGGCGAGGCAGUGGAGGAGGCCCCCGCAAUGGGCCCCCAGCUCCUCAGCGAAGUGCCUAUGGCCAAAGUACUGGUGGCUCGAGAGGCAUGGGCGGGGAUCGAGGUGGCGAUCGGCAAGGGCAGAAACGGCCCUACACGCCGCCGCCACCCUCGGCUUAUGCAAAGCAACGCUACUGAGUGUGCGGAGGGCCGAAUCGCCAUAUUCGUUAUGC